AUGGAGGUUGACUCGUCGCCGGAAUACGCAGCUCAAUCGCACCACCAUUUGAUGAUUCAGAGGCUUUUACGGAUGGGGAUUCCUAGGGACAAGUUAAACCAAGGACAGCCUGGUUUGGUAGAGUAUGCAAAGGCCAACAAAUUAAGCAUAAAAUACCUGUUCUCGGCAAUCAUGCCUUCAAACGAGGAGGAGGUGGAUGAAGAUGUGUUCCAGGAGAGCAUGACCUGGUUGCAGUGGUUGAUGUUUGAAGGCGACCCCAAAGAGGCGCUUGAGGACCUAACCAGAAUGAGCUCCGACGAACGAGGCGUGUGUGGGGCCGUCUGGGGGAACCACGACAUUGCGUACCGCUGCCGGACUUGCGAGCAUGACCCCACAUGUGCAAUUUGUGUUCCUUGUUUUGCGAAUGGGGACCACAAGGACCAUGACUACUCGGUUAUAUACACUGGUGGCGGGUGCUGUGAUUGUGGGGAUAUUACUGCAUGGAAACGCGAGGGGUUCUGUUCGAAGCACAAAGGUGCGGAGCAGAUUCAACCGCUUCCUGAGCAUUAUGCCGAAUCUUUGGCCCCUGUUCUGGAUUUACUGCUCGGUUAUUGGAAAAGGAAGCUUCUUGCUGCGAAAUUUUCUUCCGAGGGUAGCCUUAGAAUGGUUAGUCAUGGUGCAGAACUCAAAAGGGUUGCAGAGGAGUUAACCUCAACUGUGGUGGAGAUGCUAUUGGACUUUUGUAGACACAGUGAGAGUUUGCUCAGUUUCAUUUCCCAGAGAGUGUAUUCCUCACCGGGUUUGCUGGAUGUCCUUUUGAGGGCAGAGAGAUUUAUUGCGAGCAGUGGUGUUGUUGGGAAGCUUCACGAGCUGCUUCUGAAAAUGUUGAGUGAGCCGGUAUUCAAAUACGAGUUUGCCAAAGCAUUUGUGCUCUAUUACCCGGCGAAUGUGGAUGUUGCAGUAAGUGAGGGCAGUGAUGCUGCUUUUAAAAGGUACCCGCUGCUGCCGACAUUCUCUGUACAGAUUCUGACUGUCCCUACCCUGACCCCACGCCUCGUGGAGGGAAUGAAUCUGCUGGGCGUGCUUUUUCAGUGCUUGGAAAAUAUUUUCAUUUGUUGUGCUGGAGAAGAUGGGAGACUGCAGGUUUCUAAGUGGGCAAACUUAUAUGAAACUACACUUCGUGUAGUUGAAGAUAUUAGAUUUGUACUGAGCCAUUCUGCAGUACCCAAAUAUUUAUGUCACCAAAGACGAGACCUAGUUCGAUCAUGGAUGGGACUCUUGGCUUUUGUGCAAGGGAUGAACACACUAAAGAGAGAAACAGGGAGUCACAUUGAGGAUGAAAAUGAGAAUAUCCAUUUGCCUUUUGUCCUAUGUCACUCCAUAUUCAACAUUCUCACUGUCCUUGUUUCUGCUGUAUUUUCGGUGGCCGCUGGUGAUCUCCCCUGUGAAGAAACGGUCAUCAAUGCGAAUAAGCUCGAUUCUGGUGACCAAGACAAUAGAAGACAUGCUAAAGUGGGAAGGCUAUCUCAAGAAAGUUCCAUCAGUAGCAUUACUGGAAAGGGUGCGUUAGAUCUUGAGGCCAAGGCGACUGAUAGCUUUCCUGUGCCAUCAUUACCUAGGUGGUUUAUAUAUGAGUGCUUGAGAUCUAUUGAUAAUUGGUUGAGACUUGACAGCAAACUGGGUUUUCUCAGUGCCUUUUAUCAUAAAACAAGUGAUGGUACGGGUAAUAAUUUCCUGGCUUUGAAGAGAACACUCUCCAAGUUCAGGAAAGCUAGACUAUUUAAAUCACCUGGUUCACCGGAUAGUCAGCCUCCCACCAUUUUGAGCGAAGCUCUUAACAGCAGUCCACAUGGUGUAUUGAGUAUUGACAUUGGGCCCAAGGGCAGCCAAUAUAUACGUCAAGCGUCUUUGGGUGGUAGUGAUGAUAGACUUCUCGGAGAGAGCACGUUCGAGCUGGAGGGUUUGCGGGCUCUGAAAUUAUCAGAUUGGCCAGAUAUCGCAUAUGAUGUUAGUUCACAGGAAAUGUCCAUGCACAUUCCAUUGCACCGACUUCUCUCAAUGGCUCUGAGAAGGGCACUAAAAGAAUGUUACGGUGAAUCCGGAUCGUUGUACGUUGCAAGUGUUUGCUCGGCCGAUCACCUAUCCCUAAAAUUGGGUGAUUUUCUUGCCCACAUCUUGGACGGAUGCCAUCCUUAUGGGUUUUCUGCUUUCGUGAUGGAGCAUCCUUUGCAAAUAAGGGUCUUCUGUGCUCAGGUUCAUGCUGGGCUCUGGCGGCGAAAUGGGGAUGCUCCCAUCUUGUUCAGCGAGUGGUAUCGCUCAGUUCGCUGGUCCGAACAAGGUCAAGAGCUUGAUCUCUUCUUGCUUCAGUGUUGUGCUGCGUUAGCUCCACCGGAUCUUUUUGUCCUGAGAAUCCUGGAACGUUUUGGGCUUUCCAGUUAUCUGUCACUCAACGUUGAACAGUCUAGUGAGCACGAACCAGUUCUACUUAAUGAAAUGCUUGCUCUUCUAAUACAAAUAGUGAAAGAACGAAGGUUUUGUGGGCUAACAACUGCUGAAUGUUUGCAAAGAGAGCUGGUGUACAAGCUCUCAAUGGGAGAUGCCACUCGUAGUCAGCUUGUCAAAUCCCUUCCUCGCGAUCUUUCAAAAUUUGACGAGCUUCAACAAGUAUUGGAUAGAGUUGCGGAAUAUUCACAUCCAUCUGGCAUGACUCAGGGUAUGUAUAAGCUGCGGUCAUCUUACUGGAAGGAACUUGAUUUGUAUCAUCCUCGCUGGAACUUAAGGGACCAGCAAGCAGCAGAAGAAAGAUACUUGCGGUUUUGUAAUGUUUCUGCAUUGGCUACUCAACUUCCUAGAUGGACAAAGAUUUAUCACCCUCUUAAGGGAAUAGCUAAAAUUGCUAUUUGUAAAACACUGCUGCAAAUAGUACGUGCUGUUCUAUUUUAUGCAUCUUUUACUGACAAGUUCGCCACGUCGCGCGCCCCAGAUGGUGUUCUUUGUUCUGCUCUGCAUUUGUUGGCACUGGCACUUGAUGUGUGUCGAUUAUCCAAGGAAUCGGGUGAUCCAUUAGGCUAUGUAGGUGAUGUGAUUCCAAUAUUGGCAUUUGCUAGCGAAGAUAUAAGCACGAUCAAAUAUGGUGAACAGAGCUUGUUGUCACUUCUUGUCUUGUUGAUGAGGAUGCAUGAGAAAGAAGCUGCCCGAAAUAUAUCUGAAGCUGGUAGUUUUGAUCUAUCAUCCUUGAUUUCUAGUUUGAUUAAGUCCUUGGUGGAGCUUGAACCGGGUUGCACGAACAAAUUGCAGAAACUGGCACCUCAGUUAGCCAAUCAAUUUUCAUUUUCUGUUGUAAGUGAUAAUGCUAAGGGCAUGGAUUUGACUUUGGACAGCGAAAAACGCAAACAGAAGUCUCGGGAAAGACAAGCAGCAAUAUUGGAAAAGAUGCGAGCCCAGCAGUCCAAAUUUUUGGAAAGCUUUAAUUCAAGCCAAGAUGACGACAUGGAGGAUGCUAAAUCUGAGGAAGAAGAAUGUGAUUUUGAUGUCAGUAAUGAUGCCCAAGAGUCUGCGCAAGUCAUAUGUUCCUUGUGCCAUGAUCCCAAGUCUAGAAGUCCUGUUUCAUUUUUAGUACUUCUCCAGAAAUCCAGACUUUUUAGUUUUGUCAACCAAGGGCCGCCUUCAUGGGAGCAAGUUAGGCGAUCUGGUAAAGAGCAUGUUUCUAGUGACAGAAGCCUACAUAGUGAUUUAUCUCCAACCAGUACAUCAAAUGGCUCAGAAACACUCUCAUCUUCUCAGUUGCAAGAUGUGGUUCAGAGUGCUCUAAAUGAUUUUGCUUCUACAGGGCAGACUCAUGAAUUGUAUGCUAUCAUGGAAUUUAUUAAGGCUAGGUUCCCUUCUGUUAGUACUAUCCAACUCCCUUGCACGUCAAAAGAUACAGAUAACAAACCAGAACUCACUUUGGAGGCAUUUGAGGAAAGCAUGUAUUUGUUGAUCAGGGAAUGUCAAUCCAGCUGUUCUUUAAGACAUGAGGAAAAAUGUUCGACUUCUGGGAGCAGCAAGGAAAGCAUAAAUUGUGAUGAAUCUCUUUUGCUUGGUAAAUACAUUGCGUCCUUGCCCAAGCCAGUGGAUAGCCCCUCGGCUUCGCAGAAUGGCCGCUCAAGAAGGAAAUCAGAAUCCAGCAAGAUAUCUUCAAGAUCUGAUGACUUUGGCCCCUCUGGUGCCGAUGGGAUUUAUGUUUCUUCUUGUGGACAUGCAGUGCAUCAAGGAUGUUUGGAUCGUUAUUUAUCAUCACUAAGGGAAAGAUAUAUCAGAAGAAUUGUUUUUGAAGGAGGACACAUUGUGGAUCCAGAUCAGGGUGAGUUCCUUUGUCCAGUGUGUCGGGGACUUGCUAAUUCUGUCCUUCCAGCUUUGCCUGGCGACAGGAAAAGGGUGUCUCAGCCACAGCCUGGUCAAAACAUUAAUUAUUCACAAGCUUGCGGCCCUUCGACCUCAUCAAAAAGAGACUUUAUCCUUCAUAUCCGAGAUGGUUUUUCUAUUUUACAGAGGGUUGCAAAUAUUGCUGGGACUACCAAGAGUUUGAAAGUUUUACCUGCUCGGAAUGUGAAACUGAAGCCAAAUCUAGAACCUAUUGUUGGUUUAUUAUGUGAGAUGUAUUAUCCAGGCCAGGACAAAAUUUUAGAAUCCGGCAGGAUGAGCCAUUCGUUGAUCCUGUGGGACACGCUGAAGUAUUCCCUCAUAUCUGCUGAAAUCUCAGCCCGGUCGAAAAGGAGCUCAUUGAGUCCAAAUUACAGUAUCGGUGAUUUAUACAAGGAGCUUAAGAAUUCUAGCUGUUUUAUAUUAUCCUUGCUUUUAGAUGCUGUUCAAAGCACGCGGACAUCAAAUUCCCAGACUCUGUUAUUAAGAUUACGUGGCCUUCAGCUCUUUACCAAUUCCUUAUGCUGUGGUUCUUACCCAGAUGAAUUAGUCAAUUGCCCAAGAGGUAAUAUGCGUCACAUACUGGAAAAUGCCGAGCCGGAUGUGCAGUAUCCUGAUAUUCAAUUCUGGAGACAAGCAUCUAGACCUAUUCUUGCUUGUGAUGCAUUUUCGUCAUUCAUGUGGAUACUCUUCUGUCUUCCAUCCCCAGUACUAUCCUGCAAGCAAUCCUUUUUAUCUCUAGUGCACAUCUUUUACCUUGUUGCAGUGAUUCAGGCGAUAAUUGCAUUUUGCAAAGAAAGACAGAGCAUUGAAGCUGAGCUGGGACCAUGUAAUAACUUUAUAACAGAUAUAUGCCAUGUUAUGGGUGAAUGUCAGGAGGCAGUGCAGUAUUUCGAGGCCCACUCGGUUCAUCCUGCUUAUGACUUAAAAAAUGCAGUUCGCAGCUUAACUUUCCCUUACUUGAGGAGAUGUGCCUUGCUCUGGAAACUAAUAAACUGCUCUAACAUGGUGCCUUUUAGUGAUGGCUGGUUCGUCUCCCAGGGUGGAUCAUCACCCUCUGCAGGUAAUGACUGCGAGUAUUCAGCUGACUCUGCGGACGAGCUUCUGGAGAUUGAAAAGCUGGAGGGUAUCUUUGGAAUUCCUCCCCUUGACCUUGUUGUUGGUGAUGAGGGAUCACGGCAGGCGGCUUUGGGUUGGCUGGGUCAUUUCCGUGAAGUUCUUGAAGCUCGUAAAUCUCGACGUGUUUUGAGAUUUAGUCCUGCAAAUCCGUUGAAGCUGAUGAUUUUGCCGAAUCUGUACCAGGAUUUGUUGCAGAGGUAUAUUAAAAAAUCUUGCCCCGACUGCGGGGUGGUGAAGGAAGAGCCUGUGGUGUGUUUGUUGUGCGGUAAACUGUGCUCGCCAAACUGGAAAACGUGUUGCAGGGGGAGUGGUUGUCAAACUCACGCGAUGGUAUGUGGUGCUGGCAUUGGGGUAUUUUUAUUGGUCAGGAGAACGACAAUCUUGCUUCAGAGAUCUGCACGUCAGGCACCUUGGCCGUCGCUGUAUUUGGAUGCAUUUGGUGAAGAGGAUGUUGAGAUGCAUAGGGGAAAACCAUUGUUUUUGAAUGAAGAACGAUAUGCAGCUCUAACUCAUAUGGUGGCUUCUCAUGGGCUCGAUAGAAGUUCAAAAGUGCUUGGCCAGACCACAAUUGGUUCACCUUUCUUGUUUUAG